GCAGGGAGCAGCGCUCGGCUUGGCUCGGCUCGGCAUGGGGAGCCCGCGGCGCCUGCUGCUGAUCUCCAACUCCACCCUGCCCGGAGGGGGGUACCUGGGCCACUGCCAGCAGCACAUCCAGAGCUUCCUAGGGCAGAACGUGAGGCGGGUGCUGUUCAUCCCCUACGCCCUGCACGACCGCGACGCCUACGCCCGCACGGCCAGGGAGAAGUUUGAAAGCCUGGGUUAUGGGCUGGACAGCAUUCAUGAAUCUUGUGAUCCAGUGGAAGCUGUAAGGAAAUCUGAAGCAAUAUUUAUUGGAGGUGGGAACACAUUCCGUCUCCUGAAAGCUCUUUAUGACAACUGUCUGAUACAUGAGAUCAGGAAAAGAGUUCUUGAGGAUGGGAUUCCUUACAUGGGAUCCAGCGCAGGAACCAAUGUUGCCACUGUCAGCAUCAAUACCACCAAUGACAUGCCAAUUGUUUAUCCACCUUCCCUGCAGGCUCUAGGAUUAGUUCCUUUUAAUAUUAACCCUCACUACCUGGACCCAGACAUUAAAAGAACUCACAUGGGUGAGACAAGAGAGGAAAGAAUCCACCAGUACCACGAAGAACCAAACACCCCUCCAGUUCUGGGCUUGCGGGAAGGUACGAUGCUGUUAGUGGAAGGAGAUAACGCCACGCUGCAAGGAGUGACAGGAGCACGUCUGUUUUUGAGGGGUAAGAAACCAACUGAACAUGAGCCUGGAACAGAUUUCAGUUUCCUCCUGACUGACAGCAAUCCCCUGAAUCCAUAGCCUUCCAUAUUCUGCAGCACAAGUUACUAUAUAGGGAAGACAAUGAGGAAAUAGGAAAGAUAUGCUUGUUGUCCCAGAGUAGGUGGGGUACUUCAGCUUUAUAAAUAAAGAUCAAUAUGCAUUAGUUGGAUUCUUUUCCUCACCCUAAUGCAUGCCUCAGACACCUCCUUCCCAGCAAAAAGACACUUUUUGUUGCAAUACUUGGAGAAUCAUAGCUAAUCAAAGCUUGAAGGGGCCUAUACAUUCACAUAUCCACUUUGAUUCCUUCCCCACCAAAAUAAAGCUGCCUUAACACAAUUGAGACAGGACAUUGUGUCAGCUCUUCCCGCUGCCUACUUUUACCUGCUACACAAAAGAAUUGUUCAUUCAGUGUACUCCCACACUUAGUUUAAUUUUUGUGCUAUUAAUAAAGGGAGAAGUUAUGCAUUCAA